CAGCAACAACAAAUUAAUGUGACACAUUUUUUACUAAUAUUAUUCACUGGCUAUAGUUAAAACAUGGAAUAGGGUGCGUUACAUACGAAAAGCCUCGUUCAAAAAUACUUAAAUACAUGCUUACACAUAUUAUGUAGUCAAAAAAAAAAAUAGAAUAAUUCACGGUUUCAAUGUGGAAACGGUUAGGCGUAUAACCGCGCAUACCCCUGACUCAUAAUGCGAAAUCGUUUGGUCACGUAAUGUCCAGAUGUGUCGAGUGCCUUAAUUUAGCUAUAAAAACUUUAGGAAAUUUACUUGAAACACAUUCAUUCAAUCUACUAACCUAAACAUCAAACAACUAAAUAACGCACAAUGAAUAGAUUCCUUUGCACCUUCGCAGCGAUUGUCGCCGUUGCCAAUGGUUAUGCCGUGGGCGGUGGUGGAAGUUAUGGCUCUGGCGGCGGUGGUGGCUCCUCGGGCGCUGGAAAUGCCUAUCAACUGCUGCCAGCCGUUUCGGUACAAACUAUAGCUGCGGCUGGAGGUAAUGCUGGUGGUUAUGGUGGCUCAGCAGGAGGCUACGGUGGUUCCGCCGGUGGUUAUGGUGGCUCCGCUGGUGGUUAUGGUGGCUCCGCUGGAAGCUAUGGUGGCUCCUCCGGUGGUUAUGGUGGUUCCUCGGGCGGAUCAGCAGUUGAUAUCAGAAGUUUGCUAGCAGCCGUUGGUGGCGACCUAAGUGCACAACAAGCCGCUCAACUCGCCCUCUCCUUGCCAUCAGCCGGCGGUCCACUUAUUGAUAUCACAGGACUCUCUCCUAUCGGCAGUCAUGGUGCUUAUGCUACUGGUGGUCAUUUAGCUUAUGUUAUUGCUCCUAGCGGUGGCUCAUACUCUGCUCCAGCUCCAGCUCCAGCUGCAUACGCUGCUCCGGCUCCAGCUUAUCAUGCUCCUGCUCCUGCCCCAGUCGCGUAUUCAGCUCCAGCUCCAGCUCCCGCCGCAUAUCAUGCUCCAGCACCAGCUCCAGCUGCUUACAAAGCUCCUGCAGCAGCUGGUUAUAGCGCAUCAGCACCUGGCGUAGCUCCUGUCAGUUAUGCCGCUCCAGCUCCAGUUGCUAGUUAUGCUGCUCCAGCUCCAGUGGCUAGUUAUGCCGCACCCGCUCCAGUUGCUAGUUACUCCGCUCCAGCUCCAGUGGCCAGCUAUGCUGCUCCAGCUAGUUAUGCCGCCCCCGCGCCAGCUGCUGGUUAUGGUGGUUCGUCUUCUGGAUAUGGUGGCAGCGCUUCUAGUGCUCCCCGUUAUACCGUCCUCCCAGCUACAGUUACCCAGCUGAAUCCUGGCAAGACCAGCUACAAAACUUACCAAACUCCCAUCCAAUACAGCACCGUAACCCUGCCAGUUGCUGCCUCUGGCCCCGUUGCCAAUUUGUACGUGCCUGAGAAUGCCGGUUAUGGUUCAUCUGGCUAUGGUAGCUCUGGCAGCUCCUAUGGUGGUUCCAGCUAUUAAACUUAACUCAUAAGGGCGAUAAAUUUAGUUAGUAGUGCUAAUAAGUGUGCAUGUGACCAGUUAAAAAAUUCCAAAUUCCAAAUUCAAAAUUUUUAUUUGAGAGCGUUUUGUGUAAAUAAUUGUUUGGUAAAUGUUUUGAUAUGCUUGUUUUUGGUGAAUAAAUAAUUUGUUUAUAAGUUGAA